GCUUCUCUCUGAUAGUCCUACUCCUGCAACCCCAAGUCUCUGUCGCAGCAGCAUCCCCAUGGCCAGCCUCAACAACGCUUCCUGGUCCAGCGGCCUCUGCGGCUGCUUCGACGACGUCGGCGGCUGCUGCCUGACGUUCUUCUGCCCGUGCGUCGUCUUCGGGAGGAUCGCCGAGAUCGUCGACAUGGGCGCCACAUCUUGCUGUGCGAGCGGGACGGUGUACGCCGCGCUGGCGUCGAUGACGGGGAUGGGCUGCCUCUACUCCUGCAGACGCACGCGGGGAUGACUCGCUAGAGCAUCCAUGCGGCCACCGACGAUGAAUCCAUUCCAUGGUCGUCAAUGUCAGCUUCCAGCUCAAGAUGAAGAAUGCCACCAGUGUACGGCGUCUACUUAUGUCUUGUCGCGAGUCGGUUUGUGUUUGUGAUCGAUGUGUAGUGUGCCUUUCUGUUGUUGUAAAUCGUCGUUUCCCAUCCGUCCACCUCCACCAUCUGUGAUGUUUAUGUGGACAUUUGAAUAAAAGAUGUAUCGGUCGGGUCUGUCUGUGGAAGCAGAGUCCAUCA